CCAAUUUACCCCAACAUGGCGGCGAGGGGCCAUGUGCAAGAUCCCAACGACAGGAGACUUAGACCUAUUUACGAUUACCUGGACAAUGGCAAUAAUAAGAUGGCAAUCCAACAGGCUGACAAAUUGCUCAAGAAGCACAAGGACCUUCACUGUGCCAAGGUCCUGAAGGCCAUUGGUCUGCAGCGGACUGGCAAGCAGGAUGAGGCCUUCGCACUUGCACAGGAAGUAGCCACAUUGGAGCCCACUGAUGACAACUCGCUGCAGGCCCUCACAAUACUCUACAGAGAGAUGCACCGACCGGAGCUGGUGACCAAGCUUUAUGAGGCAGCAGUGAGGAAAGUUCCCAGCAGUGAGGAGUACCACUCCCACCUGUUCAUGGCCUAUGCUCGUGUUGGGGAGUACAAGAAGAUGCAGCAGGCUGGGAUGACGCUUUACAAGAUCGUUCCCAAGAACCCGUAUUACUUCUGGUCUGUGAUGAGCCUGGUGAUGCAGGCCAUAUCAGCUCAGGACAAGAAGCUGUCGCAGACCAUGUUUCUGCCCCUGGCCGAACGGAUGGUGGAAAAGAUGGUGAAGGAGGAGAAGAUUGAGGCCGAAGCUGAGGUGCAGCUUUACUAUAUGAUCCUGGAGCGGCUGGGGAAGUACGUAGAGGCGCUGGAGGUUGUUCGUGGGCAACUGGGAGAGAAGCUAACCAGUGAGCUGCAGAGCCGGGAGAACAAGUGCAUGUCCCUGUACAAGCAGCUGGAGCGUUGGCCCGAGUGCAACGCCCUGUCCUGCAAGCUGCUGCUCAAGAACCCCGAUGACUGGCAGUUUUACAUGUCCUAUUUCGAUUCGCUCUUCCACCUCAUCGACCAGGGCUGGGAACCACCCUCUGAGGGCGAGCAUUGCUCAGAGGGCGAGGUGCGAAGCUCUGUGGCUCAAGCCAUCGCCUUUGUGGAGGAGCGGCUGGCGGUGGAAGAGGCGAAGGAGACGCGCCCGCUUCGAGGUCCUUUUCUGGCUCGCCUGGAGCUGAUUCGCCGACUGAGGGCAAGAGGCUGCCCCGAGGAACAGGAGCUGGGAGAACCACUGGAGCUCAUGUUCCAGUACUUCAUCAAGUUUGGUGACAAACCCUGUUGCAUCUCAGACCUGAAAAUCUACUUGGACCUUUUGACAACUGACCAUCAUGUACAGUUUAUCAACAGGUUGAUGGAGACGGUACCCUUAUCCGAGCCCCAGGACGAUGGGGUGGCGCUGCCAGGGGAUACCCGGGCUCUCCAGAGGCACCUUUGUGUGGCCCAGCUAAGCCGUGCUUUAGGCCUCCAUCAUGCCCUGGACACCACUGGCAAGCUGGAUCUCAUUCGACAACUAAAAAGUCACUAUCGGCAUGGCCUGCAGUUUGGAAAGUCAUGCCUGAAGACAGAACUGCAGUUCUCAGACAUGUACUGUCUCUUGGCCUCCCAUGUAUACAUCGACUUGUGGGCUGAGACCGGGGACGAAACCAUGCUCUGGCAGUGUCUGGGCCUCCUGGAGGAGGGCCUCAGCCACAGUUCCUCCAACGCUCAGUUCAAGCUGCUUUUAAUCCUUCUUUUCUGUCGCAUGGGGGCCUUUGAGCCUGUGGUGGACCUCUAUUCUAGCCUGGACGCCAAACACGUGCAGCAUGACACCAUCGGGUUCCUGUUGACCCGCUAUGCAGAGUCUUUGGGCCAGUUUGCUGCUGCUUCCCAGUCAUGUAAUUUUUCUCUCAGGUUUUUCCACUCGAACCAGAAAGAUACCUCAGAAUAUAUCAUUCAAGCUUACAAGUAUGGUGCAUUUGAGAAAAUCCCUGAGUUUAUUGCUUUCCGGUCCCGCCUGAAUCGCUCACUGCACUUCGCCCAGGUGCGCACGGAGAGGAUGCUGCUGGACCUCUUCCUGGAGGCUGACCUGUCUUCCAGCUUGGAGGACAAUGUGAAGUCCAUGGGUUUGUGUCCCGAGGAGGACGACAUCCCUUGGACAGAUAUGAGGGACAACCGUGACCUUACCGUGCUCACCAGCUGGGAUCCCGCAGACCGGCAGUUGUCGGAAGAGCAGCGCUCCUUCUCUCUGCAGGAGGAGCUGCUCUGGUUGAAGGUGCGCUUUCUCACCUUGCGGCUAGUAGGCACCUUAGCUGUGCUCAGCCACCCCCCUACGCCCCGCAAUGCUGAAAAGGCAGCUGAGAAUGGUGUAGUGGCCAAACCUGAUAUAUUGCGCCCCCUGCUGGACCAGCUGAACACCACGCUACAAAAUGGAGCCCAGUUCUUAGAAAGGGGUGUGCAGUAUCCCUUCCUAGGCCCUUCCCCGACACGCUUGGCUCAUGCCUUGGCAAGUGGGAGCUGCCAUUGCCAGGUCUUGGCCUUCCAGCUAGCAGCCUACGUGCAGGAGCUGGAUGCUGCGGCGCUUGAAGAGACAACAGAGGUCCAAACACAGAUUUCGAACAGUUUCAAGUCUUUACUAAUACAACUGAAAGAGAUAUUGAAUAAAUGCAAAGGUGAUCUACUGGAAGUGAAGGAAGGCCAAUGCAAGACACAGCCAACAUUGUUAGAAAACUUAGUCUUUUUUGUUGAGACGGUUUGUGUGGUGCACUGGGUCUCUUGCUUCUGUGCUGGUGUCCUCCGGCCUCUCAAGGCAAGCCUACAGAAAAGGAAGAAGAAGAAAAAGGAACCCAUUUCUGCCACGAUGGUGGUGUUCAGUGGGUUCCAGGAGUUCACAGCGGGCCUACAGUCACUCUUCAGUGAGGUCCUGGACCACAUUAAAGGACAAGAGACCAGCCUGACUGCCCUGAAGCUAGGGGAGCUCACCUUGGAAGAAGUGAUGCCAGCUGGGGAGGAGGCAUUUGUCAAGUUGGCAAUGGAUAAGCUGAGGAGCAGCUACCUGCGGUCACUACAGGAGCUUGGGGACCUACUGAAGAAGAGGGCGGAUGUGCUGAAGAGCCUCAAAAUCUGAGCGCAGCCCUGGCCGGGCCCUCUACAACCUCCGACAGCUGUCUUCGUCAUUCUUACUUAACGUUCUCCCCCGCUGCCCCUCUACCACCUUUUUUUUUUUUUUUUUUUUCUUUUUUUCUCCCCCGUGCUUCUAUUUAUCCCCUUCAGGAUGCCAUCAUUUCUCUUUCCUUUUUCCUCCUGGUCCCUCACCCUAACUCCCUGAAACACCUUUGAAAUCCACAGCUCUUCCACAAAGACGCUUGAUGCACUCAUAGUUUAAUCUCGCCUGAGAGCAGGGCCAAAAGCGCCUGAAAUAAGUGAAUAGAGAACAUAGUUCAGCUGUUUUAGAAUAACUGCUCAAAUACAUUAUUGUACAUAGUCUGCUGCAGAGAAAGUAACAGUAACUGUCACAACUCCUUGACGGAACAAAACAAAAGAAAAUUUCUUUACUUUGUACUUUUUUGUUAUCGGUGCCCCCAUCCCCCCCAGUCAUGUGUUGUACUGGACAUUGACACGCACCUCUCUUGAGUUGGCCCUCAUAGCCAUUGGGCGGUGGAUUGUGGGAGCAGCUGGAUGCCACUCCUCAGUGAAAAGAGUGAAGUUGUGAAGAAAGUUGCUGUGGAAGCAGAUGGAGGAGCACAAGACUCACGGGAUCCCUCUCCCAGGGCGGGUGGGACACCAUGAACCAUCUUGGCAGAGGACUCUUUCAGUUUGAACUUCAGUUCACUACUCAGAAGCUCUCUUUGAAAGUUAGUCUACUGGGUCUAAGUGGCAUUGAGAGAUUGGGUAAAACCUGACUGUAUCGGAUGGGCUUUGUCAUUGUUUACAGAACUGCAUUUCUUCUUGCCAUUAUCCUGUUUGGUUUGGAGGUGUACUUCUCUGUCCCCACACUUUUAUCCUUUUUUUGGUUUGGAAGGACAAUUCUUGAACCUUGGACCUCAUAACCUAUUGGAAUGAGGUGAGAGCAGCUGUGUAGUAUUGAAAUGCUCCUGGCUUUAUUUCAUGUGUACUUGUGUGCAUUUUGAGUAGGAAUGUAACAACAAAAUGAAGCAUUUCAGGAAAUUGGCACAUCCCCUGUUAAACGAACGUUUGGUUGCUAGGUUCUGUAACAUAGUGGUGUCAUAAAGCUGUAGCAACCAUGUAAGAGAGCUGUGUUGGUGUUUUGAUCCAUUAGAACAUGAAGGGAGGUGGGAUUGUUCUUUUUUACUGGUUGGUUUGAUCCUGUUCAGUCCUUUGUGCGCUCCUACAUGUUAUUGCUUACAUCUGGCACUGAGUAGAAACAAUCCCGUCUUUUUACUCUGUCACAGGUGUGCAGAAAAAGUCAGUUUUGUGCUAGACAUGGAAUUUUUUUUCGUUUUUUUUUUUGAAGAACUUCAAUUUCAUGUCUCCUUACUAAAACUGAAUGGUUUGGCCUACAACACAAAAAUCACACUUUUUUUGGAGGUUUAGUGGUUCAUUUGAUCAUUUUGUUAAUAUUGUGCAUCACAA